AUGAGUUCUCUAAAAGAAAAGCUUAUCAAUAUGUAUGUCAAGUGCGGCGAAUUGGCAGAUGCUCGUAAAGUCUUUGACGACAUGAAAAACCCAAACAGCUUCUCAUGGAAUGUGAUAAUUGCAGCUUACCAAAUACAUGGCUAUCCUCACGAAGCAUUAACACUAUUUAACCAAAUGCAAGGAUCGGAUGCCCAACCCAAUCAUUUCACCUUUGCCAGCAUACUUCCAGCCUGUGCUAAAAUAAGAGAUUUGGAAAAGGGUAUGAAAAUCCAUCAAAGCAUAAUGGAAAGGGGAUGUUUGUCAGAUGUUGUCGUUGCUACUGCGCUGUUAGACAUGUAUGCAAAAUGUGGUAGCAUAAACAAGGCACGCGAACUGUUUGAAAAAAUGCCUCAAAGAAAUAUGGUUACAUGGAAUGCAAUGAUUACAGGGUACACACAAAAUGGUGUUCUCGAUGAGGCUUUGAAGCUUUUUAAAGAAAUGUCUCAGCAAGAUGUCAUCUCAUGGAAUACGAUGAUUGCAGGAUAUAUGCAAAAUGGAUUUGAUGAAAGGGCUUUGGAGAUAUUUAAGCAAAUGCACUUUGCAGGUCUAAAACCGAACUCCGCAACCUUUGCUAGCGUCCUUCCAGCCUGUGCCAAAUUGGGAGCUUUAGAACAUGGUGUAAAAAUCCAUCAAAGCAUAAUUGAAAGCGGGUCUUCACCCGAUGUCGUAGUCGCAAGAUAUGCACAAAAUGGGUUUUUUGAAAAGGCAUUAGAGACUUUUAGGAAAAUGCAAUCAGCAGGUUUAACGCCAGAUUCCACAACCUUUGCCAGCAUCCUUCCAGCCUGUGCCCAAUUUGGGACUUUAGAACAGGGAAGGGGAUAUGCACAAAAUGGCUUUAGCAAGGAUGCUCUCCAACACUUCGAACUAAUGAAGAACUCUGGAACAUACCCUGACCGCGUAAGCUUUGCUUGUGUUUUAUUUGCAUGCAGCCAUGCCGGUUUGGUGGAUGAGGGCUGUAAAUACUUGAAUGACAUGAGUAACCCUUAUUGCUUAACACCUACAAUUGAUCAUUAUGUGUGCAUGGUCGAUCUUCUUGGCCGUGCUGGCUGUCUUGAGGAAACUCUUAACUUCAUCAUUAAAAUGCCAAUUAAACCUGAGGUGGUUGUGUGGAUGUGUUUGCUCGGUGCAUGUAGAUCACAUAAGAAUAUAGAUUUAGGAAUUUUUGCAGCAACUCUACUUUUUGAGCUGGAUCCUGGAAACGUCGCGCCUUAUGUUCUUCUGUCAAACGUCUAUUCAGAAGUGGGCAGGAAAGCUGUACAUAUUUGGAACAAAAAGGUUGAGGAGGUGGAAAAUGGGAAAAGGAAGAUGCUUGAGCAGCAGGAAAUGUGA